AUUUUGGGGAUAGAGAGAUGAAAUUUGUAUGCAUAGCUUUUGCCGACAAUAUCAGUACGGUAACGGUAAUCGAAAUAAACUGGAGGAGCCGACAACACGGCGGGAUGAUGAUGACUUCUCUCUGGUAACUGUAACAAGCAUUUCCCUUCAGGAGAGCACAGGCAGUACCUUCACUGGGUCAGUCUAUACAAAUUGGGAAGAGAAAUUCGCCUGUCACUCAUUACAGGGCCGAGAUCGCGUUUUCAGCUGUCGGAAGAGGAGGACUCACUUCGGUGAUGGAGUCUUCAGCGCACCAGCUGGCGUCUGUGCGCGUCAUGUUACUUCGUCAGUCAUUCGUCGUAAUACAGGCGAUUCUCGGCUCGUGUUCGUUUGGCCGCAGAAAGCCAGUCGGACUCUUCACCUAUGGCCUGGAGAAUUCUUACCCACAUGUCUACCGCAGACCAUGCCAAUUACUCUACCGCCGGUCAAAUGUAACGUCAUUGAGCCGCGUUGGUACGAUAAUAACUGAAUUCCUGCAUCGCUUAAUUAUGUUUGCAUAAAUACAUGUCUUCGAUACCGCGACUAUGAUUUUAUUAAAACACUAUACCAUCUUCGAUAAAAGAAAAUUACUUCGUUUGGAAGCCUUUUUAAUUGCAUUCAUAAUUCGUUUUAUUAACGAGAAAAGACUUGCAUUUGGGAAAACAGUUUCGCACAGUUUCAAGUUGAAUGAAGACAAUGAUCUCUAUGAUCUAAAUUUAAAAAGUUAUAUACAUGCUCGGGCCUCAUAAUUAAAGUCUGUUUAUAUUAUGGAAGGUAAUAAUUCAGUAACAUCCGUUCAGUAA